GACCUCUGGCCAGUGGCUGGGCAGAUGGCCACAGGCCUCCCUGUUCAGCCUUCAGUUCAUCCUUGUUUACAGAGACUCUGUGUCACUUGAAACGACCGUAUGUGUUUCUUUGUCUACAGGACUAAGCUCAGAAUUGCCUGUCCCAGAGCAAGAGCCGAUGGAGCUGGGCCACCAAGCAGGUACGACCACUUUGACCAGGGCCCAGCUGAACAACAACAAGGAAGGCGAGCAGGACAUGGACCCCUGGAGAACUGCCCAUCGCCCCCUGAAUACGUCCAAGUUCAAGAACCAAGUCCCAGUCUCCCCGCAGCCAUCCCUGUACCAGGGAGACAGCCCUCGAGGCAGCCCCCUCGGACAGGCCUCCAUGGAGGAGAUCCCGCCUCCACCCCCUACGGCCGUCAGCCAGGGCGCCCCCUGGAGGGACUCACAGCCUGGGUCCCCGAAGAAGGGGAGCUACAGACCCUCCUCGAGGGAGAGCAGGGCGAAGCCGUGCCAGGGGCUGGAGGAAGGCUCCAACACAGGGUCCCAGGGCCAGAGGAGCAGCAGCAUCCCUAACAACAUUCGUCACAAGUUCGGGAGCAACGUGGUGGACCAACUGGUCUCCGAGGAGCAGGCUCGAAGGGCCAUUGGUGAAGCCUUCGAGGGCCGAAAGAGGACAAAUUCCUGGGCCAGCAGGAUCCAGAGUCCCAAGCAAAUCACCUCCAUCUUUUCAGACUACUACGAUCUGGGCUUCAACAUGCGGUCAAACUUGUUUCAAGGAGCCCCACAGGAGACGAAGAGCCUCAUGAAGGCCUCCUACACCCCCGAGGUGAUUGAGAAAUCAGUGAGGGACAUAGAGCACUGGCAUGGCAGGAAGACGGAUGAUCUGGGACGGUGGCACCAGAAAAAUGCAAUGAACAUGAACUUGCAGAAAGCACUGGAUGAAAAAGAAAAGAGCAAAAACAAGAGCUCGAAGUACUAGAUACAACCUAGAAGAGGUGCCCUCCGCCCAGAGAAAGUGCUACCAAUAAAGGAAGGCACACAUG